AUGAAAAAUUACGAAAAGUUAGAGAAAAUUGGAGAAGGCACGUAUGGAACUGUUUUUAAAGCCAAGAAUUGUGAUACUCAAGAGAUUGUGGCGAUGAAAUGUGUACGUUUAGAUGAUGAUGAUGAGGGUGUUCCAAGUUCAGCAUUGCGCGAAAUAUGUUUACUGAAAGAGCUUAAACAUGAGAAUAUCGUGCGAUUAUAUGAUGUUGUCCACAGUGAGCGUAAGCUUACUUUAGUUUUUGAAUAUUGUGAUCAAGAUUUAAAAAAGUAUUUCGAUUCAUGCAAUGGUGAAAUCGAUCAACAGGUAGUAAAAUCACUUAUGCAUCAGUUGUUAUGUGGAUUAGCCUUCUGUCAUUCACACAAUGUCCUUCAUCGUGAUCUAAAACCCCAGAAUUUACUGAUAAAUACUAAUAUGCAGUUGAAAUUGGCAGAUUUCGGAUUGGCACGGGCAUUCGGCAUACCUGUAAGAUGCUAUAGCGCCGAGGUUGUCACAUUGUGGUAUCGACCUCCUGAUGUCCUCUUUGGUGCAAAACUUUACAAUACUUCAAUUGAUAUGUGGUCUGCUGGAUGCAUCUUUGCUGAAAUUUCGAACGCUGGAAGGCCACUUUUCCCAGGUGCUGAUGUUGAUGAUCAACUGAAGAGGAUUUUCAAAAUGCUUGGUACUCCGACGGAUGCUACAUGGCCAGGUCUAUCGCAGCUUCCGGAGUUCAAGCCGAUGCCCGUAUAUCAUCCUUCUCUUACAAUUGGACAAGUGGUACCCAAUCUUUCCGCUCGCGGACGCGACUUGCUUCAGCGGCUCCUGAUUUGUAACCCAUCUCAUCGUAUUGAUGCCGAAGUAGCAUUACGUCAUGAAUACUUCAGCGAUAUUAGAGACUGCUAA